CAAUACCCCAGGACAAACUCGGAACACAAGGGGGAAGAAACAAAAGAAAUGGGGGAGAGAGGCGGAGGAGGAGCAUCCAUGGAGAACAACUGGAGGAAGGAGGCGGACGACAACCUCAAGAGGCUACACUCCCUCCUCUUCGGCGCCGAUCUCGCCCUCGAGCGCGGCGAUCCCGCUGCCGCCCACACCCUCGCCCUGCGCCUCCUCGGCUUCCUCCACUCCCGCAUCCACACCCCCGUCGACGCCGCCUUCGUCGCCCCGAUCCUCGCCCAGGCGUCCUCGAUGGGCGCCGCCGCCUCUCGCGCCCUCGCACCCGAUUCCGAUUGCCAGGCAUUUGAACAGGCAAGAAGAGAUGUGGGCCAUGUCUUUGUGAAGAGAGGAGAUGUUGACAUUGAGAAGAUUAAGCAGUCAAAGUACUUCCGAUCUUUCCUUCAGAAUUCCAUUGGAAGUGAUGUUGGUCAAUCGAUUAACAAUGUGUCAUCCCAUGGCAAUUUGCUAGCUCUUCAAGGUUCUGCAAACCAGGAAACACACCAGUCUAUAAAGAGUCAACCAGACAGACAACAUGAGAAAUUGAGUGUCGGGGCAUCAAAGCUCAUGACACAAACAAAGAUAACAUCAAUAUAUGGCAGCAAGGACAUGAAGCCAAAUAGUAUUUCUAACAAGAAACUUCUGAACUCCGAAGGCAGCACUCCACAGGAGUGCAUUGAUGUUGAUAAUGAAUGUAUAAGCAAUCAUAACUAUAGGAAGAGCCAAGGUCGACCUUCUUAUAUACAAGUUGAAGAGGCAGAAAGGCCUUAUGGGAUGACUCUGAAAACAAAACGCCGUCAAACAGAGUUUACAAGUCCAAUAUGUGAAAGUGCAAAAUCUCCAUCAAGCAAUGAGGAAGCAAGUGUGGAUAACUAUGGCAAUGGAUUUGUAUCUGCAAGGACAAUAUUGGAAAUGGAUGCUAGGCAAAGGCAUGGUCUCACAGGACCUCUAAAUGCUUCUAUAUCUCCACAAAGUGAUAAUAAUCCAUCAGGAAACCUUAGAAACUAUGGCAUGAGGUAUGGUGCUUCUCGUCGUGGUUUAAGAGGUAAUUUUGUCCCCCCUAUCAGAUCCAGUGGAGGAAAUACGGGUAAUAUGAUAAGCUCAAGGAUUUCGGGGAAAUGCGAUGAUACCCUGGAGGAUUCAACAAGAAAAUGCCUGGAAAUGUUGUCUGGUCCUGAUGGUGAACUUCCGGAGAAGUUAAGAAAUCUGGAACCUCGUCUUAUUGAACAUGUUAGUAAUGAGAUAAUGGAUAAAGAUCCUAAUGUUCGUUGGGAUGACAUUGCUGGCUUGGAUCAUGCCAAGAAAUGUGUCACAGAGAUGGUUAUAUGGCCUCUAUUGCGUCCUGAUAUUUUUCGUGGUUGUCGCUCUCCUGGGAGGGGUCUGCUUCUAUUCGGUCCCCCUGGAACGGGCAAAACAAUGAUUGGGAAAGCUAUUGCUGGAGAGGCUAAAGCAACUUUUUUCUACAUAUCUGCCAGUUCAUUAACAAGCAAGUGGAUUGGUGAGGGUGAAAAGUUAGUGAGGGCACUCUUUGGGGUUGCCAGCUGUCGUGAGCCUGCAGUGAUAUUUGUGGAUGAAAUAGACUCACUUCUCUCUCAGCGUAAGUCAGAAGGUGAACAUGAAUCAAGUAGAAGACUUAAAACACAAUUUCUAAUCGAAAUGGAAGGCUUUGACAGUGGAAAUGAACAAAUCCUGCUUAUAGGUGCUACCAACAGACCUCAGGAGCUUGAUGAAGCAGCACGCAGGCGACUCACAAAGCGAUUAUAUAUACCUCUUCCCUCCUCAGAAGCAAGAGCUUGGAUCAUCCGUAAUCUUUUGGAGAAGGAUGGGCUGUUCAAGCUUUCAUGGGAAGAUACUGUUGCUAUCUGCAAAUUAACAGAAGGCUAUUCAGGUUCAGACAUGAAGAAUCUAGUGAAAGAGGCAUCUAUGGGCCCACUUAGAGAAGCCCUGCGACAGGGCAUUGAGAUUACAAAGCUGUCAAAAGAGGAUAUGCGACCGGUUACUCUUCAGGACUUUGAGAAUGCACUACAGGAGGUGAGGCCUUCUGUUUCCUUGAAUGAAUUGGGUACUUACGAGGAGUGGAACAGGCAAUUUGGGAGCUUAUCAAUCUAAUCAUCUAAUCAAUAUAUGCAACGAAAACUGUAGGUAGCAGCUUGAGGACCUAGUACUGAACCUAGUAUUUUUUUCUCGUCAUAUAUCAUUGUCAGUGAUCUCAUGUCUCUUCUAAUACAUUCGGUAUAACAAAACAGUAACUUAUUUGUGCACUUUGAUCUUGGGAAACAGAACUGCAGAAUGAAAAGGCUAAUAUUUACCCAGUAGUGGCCUAGGUCAAAAGCUUAGGUUUUAGAGGCAUGAAGGCUACAAGUCUUGAGCAAGUCUAGAUGGAGUCUAUGGAUACUGGUGUUUGUGAACUACAACAAGCAAAUGUCCUUGAAGCUCCUGUUCUUUCUCUGUCUAGGUUGUAAAAAUUUGUAAGGUAUGAUGUUAUUAGAUAUUAUGUCCCUGCAUUCUGAAUAGAUGGUUGAGCCAACUGGUCAUGAGAAUGGGUGUAAAAAGACUGGUGUAAAAAGACCUCAGUUGCAGUUUGAGGUCAAGGAUACUUAAUCUUGUGCACAGAUAACAAUUUGAGCAAAGCGAUUUUUUGGUUUUCCCCUUCUGUAACAUUUUCGAGCUGGGAGGAUUCACAUUAUGUUCUGAAGUUCUGUGAUUCAGUGCUUCUUCAUAGAAACAAGGGUGUGGAUACAAAUAAUUUUACAAGAAACUGUAUACACUAUCAAUUUUGAUAUUUUUAGCUAGGUUUUUGUGAAUGUUGUUUGUUGUUUCUUUCAUCUCCGAGUCAGGAGUGUCUGUGUGUAUUAUAUUUUCCUUCACAGAUUCAAAAUUAGUUUGGUUGCUAUCUGAGCUUUAUAUU